AAAUGUUCAGGGCUAUUGGAAAAGGUCAGAGUAUAUUUAACCAGAAAAUCACUGCCAUCUUUGGAAGAAAGGAAGAAGUAUGAUUAUGAAUUUGCAACUUCCACCUCGUUCCAUGGAGUGCAUAAUAUUGUCCACACCAAGAGCAAGACACGGAAGGUCCUAUGGAUGUUAAUAGUUGUGGGCUCAAUUGUCCUUGUUUCCUGGCAAAUCCGCAGCCGUUUCAUCUAUUAUUUCAGUUGGCCCACCACCACAUCAGUGGUAGUGCAGUAUGUAGAAAACAUUGAGUUUCCUGCUGUAACUUUUUGCAAUAUGAACAGGUUCCAAACCCAAGCAGUAGCUAACCUGGGCAUCAUUGUCUUCUUGUGGAGCAUAGUGUCUGAGGUUCUUCAUAUGUUUCAUAGCAGUGGCAAAUUUGGUCAAGAGCUAUCCAAGUUCCUUCAGGGCAAUCAGAAUUUCAGCAUCAAAGAAUUUACAAGGACUAAUGGAUUUUAUCUGAAUGCCAGCACGUUGCUGGAUUGUGAAUUUUUUGGCAAGCCAUGUUUCCCAGAGGACUUUCAGCACGUGUUCACAGAAUAUGGAAACUGCUUUACUUUUAACCAUGUUAAUGUUCCAGCCAAAAGAAGAGUGACUCUUUCUGGAAGAGGCUUAAGUUUACUUUUUGAUGUCAAACAGGCACAGUUCACUGAUGAUCCUGCUCUUGGAUUUGUUGAUGCUGGCAUAACUUUUGCCAUCCAUUCACCAAAAGAACCUCCUAGAUUUGAUGGUUUAGGUAUAGCUACACCAGUAGGCAUGCAUGCUCAUGCGACCAUUCGUCAGGUAAAGACAAUUAUCCAAGAAUAUCCUUGGGGAGAAUGUAAUCCAAAUAUCAAGCUUCAGCAUUACAAGAUCUAUAACACCUAUGGAUGUCUUCAAGAAUGCAAGGCUCGGCAUAUACAGAAGUGGUGUAACUGUCUACCAUUCAUGCUACCAGGAAAUGGCACUGAAUGUGACAUGGAAAGAUUUUAUGAUUGUGUUUCUCCUGCAUUGUAUAAAAUAGAAAUUAUGGGAUUGUGCUCAUUAGGAACUCACAAUUCCACUUGUCCAGUGCCGUGUGAGGAAACGGAGUACCCAACCACCAUCUCCUAUUCAACCUUUGCAAGUGAAAAGGCUUUGAAAUAUCUUUCUGCAAAGCUGAAGAUAACAAAAGAGUAUAUCAGGCAUAACCUUGUAUAUAUUGACAUUAAAUAUCAUGAUUUGAAUUAUAAAAUGACCCAACAACAGAAGGCAUUGGGUGUAUCUGAGCUGCUUGCUGAUGUUGGUGGCCAACUGGGUUUAUUUUGUGGAGCCAGCGUCAUUACAGUAAUUGAAAUUGUGGAAUAUAUUUUCACAAACUGCUGUUGGAUGUGUGUCUUUCUUCUCCUGAAAGCACCCGAGAUGCCGAAUUGGAAUGCUUCAAAUGAAAAUCAACAAACACAGAAGAGAAGAAUACAAGAAUGUUAAGUGCUUGGAGAGAAAGGAUGAAAGACAAAAAAACUUUCUGUUUUAUAAAUGGCACUCAUCUUGAAGAUAAAACAAGGCAGAACUAUGCAAA